AUGAAGCCAACGACCCUCGAUGUUAAAUCAAAUACAUCCAAUUACACAUCCAACUUGGAGACAUCAAAUCAUGACUCAAGAUCAAGCUUUAUAGCCCUUUGGACAGGGACGGACCCAGGUUCAACUUCAAAUUCUUCUGAAGUCGACGUGGAAUUGCCAACAACUAAUGUUGCUAUUCCAAUUCCGGAAAAUGCGGAUGUUCCAAUCUCUCAAACACAAUUUCAAAGAAUUGACCUUGAUUCUUUGGAUUAUGAUCCCGGAACACGCAAACAAAUAUGGGAAUAUCAUGUUAAUCAACGUGAUGAAAUUCGACGGGCUUACAUUAAAAAAGGUCUGCACCAACCUCCUCUAGAGACAUUCAAAAAAAGUGGAAAGCACAAUCGUAGCUUUCAAGCUUCUUGGUAUAGAAAUAAUUCAAAAUGGCUUGAAUAUUCUCCUACAACAGAUGCAGCUUAUUGUCUACCUUGCUUUGUCUUUCAUAAUCCGAAUGUGAUUGUGGGACAAAAUACAUUUAUUGUUGGUGGAUUUAGAAAUUGGAAAAAGGUUGGGGGCAAAGAUUGUUCUUUUCAAGUUCAUAUAGGAAAAGAUCCUAACUCAGCUCAUAGAGUUGCUGAGCAAAUGUGUAAGGAUUUGAUGAACCAAUCACAGCAUUUGCAAAGGGUAGUUGAUCAUUUCACUACUGAACAAAUUGCAAAUAAUCGGUUGCAAUUGAAGGCCACAAUUUUUAUUGUGCGAUAUCUUGCCUUUCAAGCUAUAGCUUUUAGAGGUCGAGAUGAAAGUUUUAGUUCAUUAAAUCGUGGGAACUUCCAUGAAUCAUUGGGUAUUGUGACUUUUUGGAAUGAGAAGGUUGCUGAAAUAAUAGAAAAAGCUCCAAAAAAUGCAACUUACACAUCACCUAGGAUUCAAAAGGAAAUUCUACAUGUUUUCUCAGCCAAAGUGAAGAAGGCCAUUCGGGAAGAAAUUGGUGAUACAAAGUUCUGCAUAAUGGUUGAUGAAGCUCGUGAUGAGUCCAUGAAAGAGCAAAUGGCUGUGGUGUUUAGAUAUGUUGAUGCAGAAGGCUUUGUGAAAGAACGCUUUUUUGGGCUUAUUCAUGUUGUUGACACUGCAGCUUUGACUCUAAAGAAUGGGAUAUAUUCUUUGUUAUCUCAAUAUUGCUUAGAUAUACAAAAUAUUCGAGGGCAAGGAUAUCAUGGAGCAAGCAACAUGCGAGGUAUGUGGAAUGGAUUACAAGCUUUGAUUUUGAAUGAUUGCCCAUAUGCUUACUAUAUCCAUUGUUUUGCACAUUGCUUACAAUUGGCAUUAGUAAAAGCAUCAAAACAAGUUGUUCCCAUUAGUCAUUUUUUUCUUACAUUGCUUUUUCUGAUCAAAAUUGUUAGUGCUUCUUGCAAGCGCAAUGAGCAAUUGAAAGUUGCCAAUGCUAAUGAAAUAGCACGUUUGAUUGAUCUUGAAGAGCUUGAGACUGGAAGUGGACUUAAUCAAAUUGGCACUUUACAACGACCUGGAGAAACACGUUGGAGUUCACAUUUUAGAUCAGUUUCUAGCUUAUUAAGGAUGUUUAGUUCAACUGUUGAAGUUUUACAAAAUAUAAUUGAUGGUGCAAUUGAUGGAGAAAAUCGGGCAGAAGGAGAGUCAGCUUAUGAAGAUGCAAUGGAGUUGCUUAGGCUUAGCUCAGCUUUAGAACCUCGAGAGGCAUUAAAAUCUUUCAGAAUUAGUGAUCUUUGUUUGUUGGUAAAGAAUUUCUAUCCACAAGAUUUCACAGAUUAUGACAAACAAGUGUUGGAGAAGGAGCUUUAUCAUUUUGAGCAUAAUGUACUCCAAGAUCCAGAGUUCAAAAAAUUGAAAAGUUUAUCUGAGUUGUCUCAAUGGUUAGUGAGAACUGGAAAUUCAGAACACUACAAACUUGUUUAUAGAAUGGUGAUACUUGUGCUUACUCUUCCAGUUUCUACUGCUACUACAGAGCGAGCAUUUUCAGCUAUGAAACUUGUCAAAACUGAACUUCGAAACAAAAUGGAAGAUGACUUUUUGAAUGACUCUUUGAUGUUAUACAUUGAAAAGGAUAUAGCUUCGACAUUUAGUUUGGAUUCAAUAGGAAUUCCAAACAAAACAUUGUCCACUUCGUCGAAACUUGUUACUUACAAUGCUGGCACAGAAGGAAAUCUCCUUGUGAAACAAUUUGUUCGCUCCCUUCGAGGGAAUGCCUUCAAUUUGUACACCAAGCUUGAGCCUGAAUUCAUUGACAGUUGGGAGCAAAUGGAAAGAGAGCUUCUGAAUCACUAUGUGAGAGACCGCGCCCCUGGCCCCUUUUUAGGAUGUUGGGCCAAACCCACGUGA